UAUGGUGGAAAAUGCGUAUGAAUAUAUCGUCUGCGUGUCCAUCCCCACCAUUUUUCUGACACAGUGGAAGUUCCGAAGUGUUACAGCGCUUGGCAACAUAAUACGGGGACAAAAUGGUACUGCUUGCAGCAGCAGUAUGCAACCGCACUGGGAAAGCUUUGAUAUCUCGGCAGUUUGUUGAAAUGACUCGUUCCCGAAUUGAAGGGCUUUUGGCAGCUUUCCCAAAACUGAUGAGUACAGGAAAGCAGCACACCUUUGUUGAGACAGAGAGUGUGCGAUAUGUUUAUCAGCCACUGGAAAAGUUGUAUGUCUUGUUGAUAACAACAAAAGCCAGCAAUAUUCUUGAAGACUUGGAGACUCUCAGAUUAUUUGCUAAAGUGAUUCCUGAAUACUGCAGAAACAUGGAAGAGACUGAGAUUUCAGAGCAGGCAUUUUCUCUCAUCUUUGCUUUUGAUGAGAUUGUAGCCCUUGGUUAUAGAGAAAAUGUUAACCUAGCUCAGAUUCGAACUUUCACAGAAAUGGAUUCUCAUGAGGAAAAGGUGUUCCAGGCAGUUCGUCAGACUCAAGAAAAGGAGGCUCUUGAAAACAUGAGACGCAAAGCUAAGGAGAUACAGCAGCGCAACCGAGAAAUGAACAAGGGUGGCCGUAACACAGGUAUAGGAAGUGGAGGAAGCUUUGGACCGACAUCUUUCCGCACUGAUGUUCCUGUUAUUGAGUCUUCAGGGGAGCCUCCUAAAUCAUCUUAUGCUAAAUCAAGCAUCAAGUCAACGGGACCAAGUAAAGCACUUAAACUGGGAUCAAAGAAGAAGGACGUUGAUAGCUUUGCUGCUCAAAUUCAGCUGGAAGGGGAGAAAGUGGCGGAUUCAAGUAAAACUAGUUCAAGUGCCAUCAGCAAAUCUAGUGUUCCUGCUGCAAACCAAGAAAAUGUACACGUCACCGUUGAGGAAAAGUUGGUGCUGACAGCAGGUCGUGACGGUGGCCUUCAGAACAUGGAGGUGCAUGGUAUCAUGAAACUGCGGCUAGCUGACGAUCGGGUUGGUCGGGUUAAACUGUGUACCAUCUGCAAUGACACCAAGGGAAUUCAAAUACAAACACAUCCCAACGUUGACAAAAAACUGUUUGUUGCUUCAUCUCAAGUGGCCCUGAAGAACCCAGAAAAGCCAUUCCCAAUGAACCAGGAUGUAGGUGUCCUCAAAUGGCGACUGCAGACACAGGAUGAAGCUCUUAUCCCUCUGUCCAUCAACUGCUGGCCCUCAGAAAGCACGAGUGGCUGUGAAGUGAACAUUGAGUACGAGCUGGAGCAAGCAGACAUGCAGCUGGAGGAUGUGUGCAUCUCCAUUCCUUGCCCGUCAGGUGUGGGCUCCCCCAUAGUUGGAGACUGUGACGGAGAUAGCCAUUAUGACACUCACAAGCGACUGCUGCAGUGGAGACUGCCAUUCAUCGAUGGAAGCAACAAGUCUGGCAGCUUGGAGUUCACGGUCAAUGGGGGUCAUCCUGAUGACUUUUUUCCUCUGUCUGUGACCUUUAUCUCCAAGAAACCAUACUGUGAUAUACAGGUGACAGAAGUACAACAACUUGAUGAUGGACAUCCGGAAAAAUUCUCAUCUGAUGUCUUAUUCUUUGUGGAAAAAUAUGAGAUCGUAUAGGCUGGACACUGCUAAGAGAUUUGACAAAUCACACAGAACACUUUGCCUUUAACUGAGCUCCAGUUUGACAAGCAUCAAACACUUACAAAACUGUAAGGAUAUGCUGUCAGGAUGGCAUAUUGGUGUUUUGGGGAUACAGGUAUUUAAAUUCUGUCAGAAUAGGCGAUUCUUCUAUAUAAAGUGUUCUCUUUGGUCUGCAGACCUACGACACUUCAUUAUUUCAUGCUUUGAUAUGAGAUAUAUGUUUACUCACAAAAUGAUGGAUGCUAGAUGUAAAGAUGCCAGAUGCCAUGUGACUGAAAAUAAUUGAAUGUUAUUUAGGAAGGGCUUCAUCUUGUGCACAGCCUGUGUGCUAACUGAAGACAUUGACCUUUUUUCAUUGUUACAAUCAUUUAAGGUCAAGUGUUUAAUUUUUUUUUAAUUUUUUUUUUAUAAAUGCCAUGAGGAACUAAGCUGUGACUGUUGACUUUGGAAGAUGUUGACAUAGCACUGGGUGUUGUGUCAUGUCUUGGGAUGGCAAGUUGGGCGUCAUUAAAACUUUAUUAUGAAUCAUA